UUCAAUUUCUGGGACACAGACUGGUACUCGGGAGGGCGUCCCGGAGCGUGGGUAUGAUCAACAGCUCGGCUUCGUCGGCCUCUCAAGUCUUGACCACGAUCAGCGUCGACGCUAAUUGGAUCCUAGCUUGAAUUCAUCUUAGCUCUUACCACCAUCACCAUGAGCUCUACCCCGCCGCCUGCUCCAUCUUCUGCUUCAGAACCCAUCUUUCUCAAUAAUCCAUACACAGGCCAUCCCAGCCUCACCCCACUUGAAGCAGAUGUCCUUUGGGAGUACGCCAAGUUGGCUGCGAACGUCAAGCAGGUGGCUAGCAAAGCUAAGGGGUUGUCGAAGGAGCCCGAUGAACAAUUAUUGGCGCGCUUGAGGGAUCUGGAGAAGAAGAUGGGACUGGUAUUGACAUUGUUCAAAGCAUCUAUCUGGGGCGUCAUCAACGAACAGCAAUAAAUCAGAGCUUUGAAUGUCAAUGGAAGUGUAUCAUCGACAUGGAUGCAGCCACCGAGGACUUUCUCACAUAUCUCACCCCCUUUGCUCUCGCAUAUGCACAUACACCGGCCCGCUCAGAUAAAACGGAGGAGCAUGACCUACGAGGUCUUUUUUCAAGGUAUCACGGGUCUUUGACUUCUGUAUCUCGCUCAGGCCGUGGUAGCCUUGAAAAUAUUCCCUAGAA